CUUUGUGACUCACACGUUUAUUUAGACUCCCAGGCAGAGCAUCUCAGUGAUUAUAUUCGCAUUAACACCGGCUCCCCAUCAUCAACUGUCGACAAUACAGAGAAGCACGGAGAGUUGGGGAGAGAGAAAAGGACUACAGCGUGAACGAUGGAGCUGCAGCUGUUUGUAAUGUACUGUGCCCUCUGCAUGGUGUACGCCAUCAGCAAGCCCAUAAAGGACCGCUUCAACCCUGAUGAGCCCCUCAGCAACCGGGAGCACAACGACCGUGAGAACUUCGAUUACGACCACGAGGCCUUUCUGGGCCAGGAGGAGGCCAAGACCUUCGACCAGCUCACUCCCGAGGAAAGCAAGGAGCGACUUGGCAUGCUGGUGGAGCGCAUCGAUGAAGACAAAGACGGCUUUGUGACCACGGAAGAGAUGAGGAAGUGGAUCAAAGACAUGCAGAAGAGGUGGAUCUACGAGAACAUUGAUCACCAGUGGAAGACGUACGACCUCAAUGGCGACGACGUGGUGUCGUGGGAGGAGUACAAGAACGCGUCGUACGGCGACCUUGUCGAUGAGCCAGACUCCGAUGAUGAUGGUUUCAGCUACAGAAAGAUGAUGUUGCGCGACAAGAGAAGGUUCAAGUUGGCCGACUUGGACGGGGACCAGAACGCUAACAGACAAGAGUUGGCCGCCUUCAUUCACCCCGAGAACUUUGACCACAUGCAUGAUAUUGUGGUGGUUGAAACAAUGGAAGACAUGGACAUGAAUGGAGAUGGUGUAAUCGACCUGCAAGAGUACGUUGGUGACACGUACAGCCAGGAGGGCACGGUGCCCUCGUGGGUGAAGACGGAGAGUGAGAAGUUCACCGCGCUCCGGGACAAGAACGAGGACGGCAAGAUGGACAAGGAGGAGACCCGAGCCUGGGUCACGCGCAGCGACUAUGACCACGCUAUGACCGAAGCCAAGCACCUGGUCAACGAGGCUGAUGCAAACAAAGAUGGCCGCCUGACCAAGGCUGAAAUCCUGGACAAGUACGACCUGUUUGUGGGCAGCCAGGCCACCGAGUUUGGAAAAGCCCUCACUCGACACGACGAGUUCUAAAUUUGCAGCAGUCCACAAAGGCUUUGUCUCCGCUACGCCUUCUUAUUUUUCUUCAAAGUGAACGUCAUUGGUUUUUAUACACACGCCACAAGGUCUUCCAUUUAGUUUAUCGAAUGUUUCCCAUCAUGUCAUCAUGCACGCCACUGCAUUUAGCCAAUUCACACACACUUUAAUAGAUUUGACGAAGCACCAAGAAUGCAAUUUUGAAAUCAACUGAUUACAUAUGCUUACUCCAUUGAUGUAGUGAGGGAAGACAUGAGUGCAGUUGUGGAAAAGGAUCCUGCACUGGACGACCCCUAAUGGGACAAGCGAAAUGGAGGGGGAAAAAAAAUUAAAAAUGACAUACAUACAGUACAUAGCCGUGAAAAAGUAUUGGCCCCUUCUCAAAUUGUAUUUUUGCAUGGUUUCCUCACGUUAAUGUUUAAGAUCAUCAAACAAAUGUACAAAUCAAACAAAUAUAGCCCAAGUGAAUUUAAAA